AUGAGUACCCAGCACCCACAGACACUACAGAAACUGGCAAUUCAGAGCUUGCUGAGGGACAAGGCCUUGGCCAUGGAGGCCGUGGAACAUCUGCCAGGAGCGCUCUUCCCACCAGUGUUCAUAGAGGCCUUCACUGGGGGACACGCUGAGGUCCUGAAGGCCAUGGUGCUGGUCUGGCCAUUUCCCUGCCUGCCCCUGGGAUCCCUGAUGGAGAUGAGGACAACAGGUACUUUGGACACUCAGAAGAAUGUUUACCGGAUGAAGGAAAGAAUGUUUCAAACUGUGCUGGAAGGCAUUCAUGUGCUGCUGAGCCAGAAGGUUUGCUCCAGGAGGUUCAAAUUGCAAGUGCUCGAUAUGCGGGCUGUGCACCAGAACGUCUGGACAGUCUGUGCUGAAAACAUGUUGCAAGGCUACUCCUCAGAAGCCAUGAAGAGGAUAAAAACAAGGAAGAGUCUGCCAAGGGUGGCAGAAAAGCAGCCCCUCAAGGUGAUUGUAGAUCUGUGUAUCAUGAAUGAAUGGCUGGAUCCAGUGGUUAGCUACCUCCUCAACUGGGCCCAGGAGAUGGAAAACCGGGUGCACCUGGAGUGUCCGAAGCUGUGUAUCACGGGCCUGUGCAUUGAACAGGUCACAGAAGUCCUCAGGAAACUGAAUCUUUAUUCUGUGCAGGAGAUGGAUAUGACAAAUCUUCACAAACUAUUUAUCUCUCACAUCUUUGUGCCGGCCACCAUUUCCCCAGAAAUGAAAGAGAAGCUGUUCACCAAAAUCACCUCUCAAUUUCAUAAGCUUCACUGUCUACGGGAGAUUUAUAUGGACUCCGUUGAGGUCCUUGAAGGUCAUUUGGACCAGGUGCUCAGGUGCCUGAAGUGCCCCUUGGAGACCCUGUCAUUAAGGGACUGCCAGCUUUCACAGGAUGACUGGAACCAGCUACCCCAGGCUGAGCAGACCCGACAGCUAAAAUCCAUGGGUCUGAUUUGUAUCAGGCUGACUGAUUUCAGUCCUGAGCCCCUGCGAAUUCUGCUGGAUAAUGUCGCAGCCACCCUGACCACCCUGCGUUUGGAAAACUGUGGGAUCACAGAUGCGCAGGUCUGCGCCUUUCUGCCUUCACUGAGCUGCUGCUCCCAGCUCACCACCUUCUGCUUCAUAAGGAAUUUCAUAUCCAUAGCCACCAUGAAGAAGCUGCUGGGCCACACUGCCAGGCUCAGGAGCUUAAACAGGGAGCUGUACUCUGUUCCUCAAGAGGUUUAUGUUCCCAGGGAUGGUACUCUUCAGCAGAUGUGGAACGAGCUAAAAGCUCAUGAAUCUGUAGUCAUUGAGGAGAAAAAGCCUGAGUGUUCCAAUCAGUGA